AUUAUUUCUCCCCCUUUCCCCUUAGCGCCGCCGGUCGCCGCCGCCACCCUCACCGCCCGCGACGAGACAUGCCCGCCGGCCGGAAGCGCCCAGCCCCAGCCCCCUUCGCCGGCUUCUCAACCUUCGCCCGAUCCCUCCUCUUCUCCCCCGCCUCCGGCUUCUCCAGGCUGCCUCUCACCAACGCCCCCGCCGCCAAACCCCACCAAGAGACGGCCGGCAUGCGGCCACCGGCGUCCAAGCGCGCGAAGCAGGCCGAGCCCUCCAGCGACGAGGAGGAGGAGCGCCCCAGCAGCGACGCCGAGGCGGACAGCGACGGCGACGGCGACAGCGACAGCGACAGCGACAGCUCUCUUGAGUGCUCGAGCAGCGACGACGACGACGACGCGUCGCAGGAGAUGGAGACGGUGCAGGCCGACUUCGCCUUCUUCGACCCCAAGCCCACCGACUUCCACGGCGUCAGGCUGCUGCUCAAGACCUACCUCGACUCCAAGCCCUGGGACCUCACCGGCUUCGUCGACCUCGUCCUGGAGCAGACCACCGUCGGCACCGUCGUCAAGAUGGCCGAGGAUGAGGAUGGGGAAGCAAAUGGGGGUGACAAGAGCGACGAGGGCGACGACGAUGAUGAGGACCUGUUCGGCCUCAUUACCGUGCUCAAUUUGGGAAGAUAUGGGGAGAGCCGUUGCAUCAAGGAUCUGAAGGAAUAUCUGCUUGCUGUUUGCGGCGACAAGGACACCAAGAAGAAGCUCAAGUCGCUGCUGGAAGAGAAGGCAUCUACCGUCGGCCUGCUGGUGUGCCGGCGAUUUGUGAAUUUCCCCUAUGAAAUGGUGCCUAAGAUGUAUGAUUCACUCUUUGACGAGGUUUCCUGGGCGACAGAAGAUGAGCCAACACAAGAACUCCAGGACUCCUUCCGGUUCAAGCAGUACCUGUUCCUUGUCAGAAUCUUGGAGAGAAAAACUCCACCAAAGCAGAAAUCAAAGAACAAUAAAGAUGAGGAUGAACCUGUUAUCUAUCCGAAGUUGGAGGACGAAAUAUUACGUGAGCUUAGCACGUGGUCAUUUACUUUCCCAAUUCGCGCCGAACAGUCGGCACAGCAAGAGCUGAAGAACUACAAGGAGAUGGGCCUGGUGAUGUGCGUCAAAGCCGACGUGAUCCCGAAGUUCCGCAAGAAGCUGGAGGCUUUGGUGUCGGAAUAGGCAGGUCUAUUUUUGCUCGUAGGAGAAGAAAUCCCAAGUGGGAUUCUGCUGCUGUCCAUCCGCAAGACGCAAUGUCAUUGUGCAACUGUCACCACAGUUGCGAAAAGAGGCUGGUUCUGUAGGGAGGGGUCGUUUAUGAAGUACUCCAUACUUUUCAUGUAUUCAGUUUUUGCCACAGGAUAGAUUAUAUUCAUGGAGGGUUUCUUUGGUUGCGUGAAAACAUGCAUGUGUGACAUUUCUGAUUCAACUGAAAUCUGUGCUCCAUGAAAAUGCUCUGGAAUGGCAUACGUGGAACCCAGAAAAUGCUAUGUUUGGCACUUGUAUUGUA